AUGCCUGAACCACUGUCGACCUUGUCGCCAUCCAAACAAAACUCGCGUCUCUCACCUGUCAAGCUCCGCUUCGACAAGCAGGCACACGAUCAACACUCUGAUAAUCAGCCAUACUCGCCGGUCACCCCGGCCUCUCAUGAGUUUCCUGGCUCAGCUUCCAUAAAGAAGAUGACUAUCGAUAUCCCUAAACUCGACAUGGAUCGCCCUAUCUCGCCCCCUACAACCUCCAGUCCCUCUGCAAGCCCCCGAAAAGGUUUCUCGCCCAUCAAAUAUCGAUUACAAGACCACACAAACGCGCACAGCUCUCCUCCUGGCUCACCUGCGGAUCCAACCCUGCGAUUCAAUCAAGGACUCACCCUGGCUCUUGAUAGCUCAGAGAUACCCGUCCACACCGACUCUUCGAGCGAAUCCAUCAUGCACCACAGUCCCGAGAGCACCAGUACGACCUCUGCAGGGCGCGAUGACCUAACAAAGUCUACUGAUAAACUUGACCUGGAUGACAUGACGCUGGGAUUUGAUGAUAAAACCAUACACGACGAUACCGUGGGUGAUCUGAGCACGAUUUCAGCCAUCAACACUGACACGACUCGCUUUGCAAACAUGAGAAACUCCCCGUCCAAGCCAUCCAGAGCAGAAGCGUGGUCUCCCUCAAAACAACUGCGCACUUCGAUCAUCGCGAGUACGCCAAACACCGCACAGCGCCCACUACGACUGCUGUCGUCAUCGAGAAACAGCACUUCGUCCAACGAAGAUGACGAUGCCACUCCUCGACGACCACGUAAUUCUAAUGACGCAACAACCGAUUUGAUGAAUUUUACCGGUCAAACCAAUAUCAUUAUUGCUCCCCCUCAAUCGGCGCCUCGUAGCAUGAGGCGAAGUCCAUCUGGGAGAGGAGCGUUUCCCAUCAAAAUUAACCCCAGUCCCUUUCACCGUUCUCAGGCUUCAGUGGACCGUGAGCGAGCGACUGGUCGAUCACCACAGAAGCAACACCAAGCAGUCUUUGGGGACAAGAACACCCCAGCCACACCUGCCGCUCCCAGACAAAGCGGAUAUGGUUCCUCGACUGGUCUCGGCAUGGACCUGUUGGACAUUGACUUGGAGCCAAUGGCCACCCCACGAUCAAUCCCCACCGUGACCCCUCGUGAACUUGAGACACUUCGAUCUGAGCUACAAUCGCGUAUCUCGGGGCUUGAAGCCACACUUUCCGGCAAGGAAGCAGAGGUCAUGGCCCUUAAACGUUCCAUCACCGACGCCGAGGUGCGAGCAGGGAAAAUCAGUGAAGAACUUCGAACGGAGCGGGGGUCUCGCGAAGAGCUAGAACUGGCCAAAGACGACCUGGAGCGGCGAAGUCGAGAAAUGGAAGAAGUACUGCGAGAAGUGAAACAGAACAUCUUUCUAGAAGAGAGAGAAAAAGAGAAGCUGAGACGACAGGCCGAAGACGCGGACCGACGCGCAGAGGAACAAGAAAUCCGGAUCCUCGAGCUUCAGGCGUCUCUUGAUACACUCCGGUCGGACCGGGUCAAAAACACACCCAGUCCGGAAAAGGGCCACGAACCAGGCACCCCGGGCAUGGCCGCAGACAUUGACUUUGCGGUCAAAGACGCGACGGAGAAAGUCGCGCGCGAACUGCACACGUUGUACAAGAGCAAGCACGAACGCAAGGUAUCAGAUCUCAAAGUCAGCUAUGAAAAACGGUGGAUCAAGCAGGUCGAACAACUUCGAUCAGAUCUCAAAGCCUCCCAGGACGAAGUGCUGAGACUGCAGACGGAACGGGAGGCGACCAUGAGCGGGGUAAUCCCCGGUCAAAGCGAAGCACUUUCUAGAAUGGAAGGACAGAUUGAGGAGUUGCGACGAUGGAACGAAGAAGCGACCGCAGGCAAGAAGAUGGCCGAAGCAGAAUCAGCGGGGCUCCGUAGCCAGGUGGAUUCUCUCACCAACGAGACCCAAUCUUUGAGAAAGGAGAUUGAGCAGGAGCGCAUUGAAAAGGGAGAAUUGGUGGCCCAAGUGGACGUCUUCCUAGCCAUGAGUGCCCAAGCAGAGGAGCAGCGAUUGGCUCAGCAGCAGCAGCAACAACAACAACAACAACAACAAGCUCCACCGGUGAGCCCUCCUCAAAGCGAGGAUGGUACUGGAAGACCCCGGUCAGCAGCGGCGUACGCGAGCCCUCACAAGAGUAGAAACAGCGUGAGUGGAGUUGGCGACUUACGGGCAGCAGGCGGGAGCAGCCGGCCACGCCCGAUGAGUAUGCUGCAAAAGCCGACGGCGGGCAAGUAUUCAGGGAUCCCAGCCCCUGGAUCAGGUUUGAAGAUGGCGGGCAGUAAACUCAACGGGUACGGCGGGCGAGGAAAUGGCAUCAUGGACGGCAUCACUCGCAUGGGCGCAGGGGGCCGAUGA